UAUACGUAUUUAGUAUUUUACUAUUGAUACGUAAAAUGAAGAGCAUUGCAUGGAAAACUAAAACUAUAUUUAUUUUAAAACACAACUAUAUUGGGAAUAAUCAAAUCCUGCCAAAGAAACGAAAUAUUCUAUCAAAUAAGACAAAGUUAAGGCUAUUAUUGCACCUGUUAACUAUUCGGAAAAAAAAUAUAAAAUAGAAAUAAAAAUGAGUAAUUGCAUGAAGUAUCAAGACAAUAAAUCAUACUAACCUAAGAAAUUCAAUGACAUUCUGUGUUGCCAUCCGAAAGUUUUCAAAUAAUUCAAUUAUCUUCUUUCAUUAGCCAGACUUUACUUGUAAUGAUUAUAAUGUAAUGCUCAUUCUAGUGCUAUUGUCAAGUGUCAAACUUCAAUCAAUAUAGUUGAUUUUUCAUUUGACAACUUUCAAUUCACAAUUCACAUCAGUAUUUGUCGUAGUCUUCAACGGUCAACCGUAGACUAACUGUAAUCACUUCACAGUUCAGACUUAAGUGUUUCAUUUCACACUUCACUCUCCACUCUUAAUUAUUUCAUAAUUCAAAAUUCAUUUAAAAUUUCAUGUCAGUGUGAGUGGGAGUGUGGAUUGUUGUCAAAUUUUGUUACUUUUAUAAUUUGCGAAUGUCUUAAUCUUAAUCGCCUCAAAGGAAAAUUAAUAUUUAACCAAAUAUAUACCUCAAAUUUCCGGCCGCUAAUUACUGUGAAUGUUAAUAUUGUGAAACCUGUUUAUGGUCUCCAAAAUUUCCAUGUCUUUUUUGUUUCAGUGUGCCAUGGAUUAAACGUGAUACGAAGCAAUAAUAAAGUGCAAUUAUAAGUGUAUAGUCCUAUAAUGGAUCCCGGUUAUUUUGAUACGGAGAGAGAACAGAAUCCGCGGGAGAACGCGAAUUUGUUUUCUAAAACAUGCUUUUGGUACACUCGACAAUUAUUCGAAAAGGGCAGAAAAGGGCAGCUCAGCAUAUCCGAUGUUUACAGAUGUACUCCAGGUCACAGGGCUGCCCCACGUGGUGAUGUAAUGAGUGAAGUAUGGAAAAAUGAAGUUAUGAAACAAGAAAAAACAAAAAAGCCGUCACUUCUCCGUUGUAUAAUAAGGAUAUAUGGAAUGAAAUUUCUUGUAUCGAAUAUAAUAUUUGCAUUAGUUGAUACCUCACUUAGAAUAUCAACGCCAAUGUGCCUCGAAGGUCUUAUUAAUUACUUUUCGCCGUCUCACGCCGGCGUCAGCACAUCCGAAGCGUACUUGUAUGCGCUUGGAGUUGUUAGUUUUAUGGCGAUGAAUGCCAGUUUUAUCCAUCCAAUGUUACUAUUUCUCUUGGACAUGAGUAUGAAGAUCAGGGUGGCUUGCUGUUCUUUAAUUUAUAGAAAGCUACUCCGUCUAGAUUUAACAGCUGGCGGCAAAGCCUCCGAAGGCUUAGCGGGUCACGUGGUCAAUCUUCUGACGACGGAUGCCCAAAGAUUCGAUAUGGCCAGUCUCUUUAUGAUCGACUUGGUCAGGACACCGAUAGAGAGUGUCAUCAUAGUCUACCUCAUGUAUCGCCAGAUUGGGAUCUCUUCAAUUAUUGGAGUCGCUUUCUUGAUCAUGUUCAUUCCUUUACAGGGUUAUUUGGGAAAGGUUUCAAGUCGUUUCCGUCAAAAAACAGCUGUUCGUACGGACAACAGAAUUCGUUUGAUGAACGAAGUGAUUCAAAGUAUUGAGGCUAUUAAAAUGUACGCCUGGGAGAAUGCUUUUGCUAAAAUAAUUGGGAAAGCUCGGAAGAAAGAAAUGAAUGUCAUAAAAAAGAUGUCAUGGCUGCGGGCGGUUAUGAUAUCGUGCGUCAAACUAAACACAAAAGUUGCCAUAUUUAUUAGUAUAAUAUCGUUUAUUUCGUUCAAAAACGAUUUAACUGCCGCCAAAGUUUUUGUUAUUUUCUCCUAUUAUGAAAUGUUGAAAUAUACCUUAGUUGAUUUUUUGCCACUGGCAAUCACGUUUACGUUGGAGGCAUAUGUCAGUGUGAAGCGGAUGCAAGAAUUUUUAUUAUUACCUGAAGUUGAAAAUCAAGAUGGGGUCGAUUUGAUUAAUAUUGAAAAGAAAGAAAUGAAAAGUAAUGGUGUGUUUGAAAAGAUUGGAAAUGGGCAACAGGCUUACAUAAAAUCAGAAUCAAAUCUAGAACAAUUGAAACCAGAAAUUCUAAUCAAUUUUAAGGAUUACACGGUAUAUUGGAAGAAUGUUGAAGAAGAUGUAUCGGAUAGAAAAACAGCCGCUUUGAUGGAUAUUAAUUUAGUGAUAAAACCAGAGACGCUCACGGUGAUAGUCGGAACAGUGGGCUCUGGUAAGUCCACACUAAUACAGGCGAUGUUGAAGGAACUCAUACCUAGUAGGGGCACGCUCAACGUACGCGGCAAUUUGGCGUACGCUGCGCAAGAGCCGUGGUUGUUCGAUGCGUCCGUUCGCCAGAACAUAUUAUUUGGACAGGACUUAGAUCUGAGAAGAUACAAGCAAGUGAUAAAGUGUUGUCAGCUGAAGACCGAUUUAGAAAUUUUGUCACAUGGUGAUAAAUCUGUUGUAGGGGAAAGAGGUACAUCUCUGUCGGGCGGACAGCGCGCGCGCAUUUCCUUAGCGCGUUGCGUAUACCAACACGCUGAUGUCUAUCUGUUGGAUGAUCCUUUAGCUGCUGUUGAUGCUAAGGUGGCCCAAGCGAUAUACGAAGAGUGUAUACGUGGUUUUCUACGCGACAAAGCAGUUGUAUUGGUAACACAUCACGUACAGUACGCACGACAGGCGAACAAUGUGUGCGUCAUGAGAGGGGGAAAGAUGGUGGCACAAGGAUCAUACCAUGAACUCAAAAAUGGCGUACCAGAGUUUGAACAGCUUAUAGAAAUGGGAGAAAGGGUUGAAGAAGAGAAACAAAAGCAGAAGGUGACGUCAUAUGAGAAUAAGGAGAGUAUGGAGCACUCUCACGUUCUUCGCUCCCAACGGUCAAUGUCGGAAGCAUCACAGCUGUCAUUUAAUCUGGAUUUAGACAAUAAUUCAGAUCCCAAAUAUGAGGGUGAAAGUCAAAACAAGGGUUCAGUAUCAAGUGGCGUGUACGUUUCGUACAUAGCGAGCGGCGGUGGGAAGUUUACAAUGCUACUACUACUUUCGCUGUUUUUAGUAGCGCAGGUGUUCUACUCGUCUACUGACGUCUGGCUGAAAGAAUGGGUAAACUUGGAAGAGUCAAAUAGUGCUCAGGUCAUAGCGAUACGAAACAACGCUACAGCGACACCUGAAGUUAUAUACGAAAACCUACCCCGUAACCGCUGGCACCUAACACGCGAACAGUGUGUCUACAUAUACGCCUCACUUAUCGGCAUUUGUAUGUUCUUCACCUGGAACAAACUGCUGGUUUUCUACAACACCUGCAUUCGUGCCUCUGUACAGCUCCAUGAUACAAUGUUCAGGGGCGUUACGAAUGCACCAAUGUGGUUUUUCAACCACAAUCCUUCUGGAAGGAUCUUAAACCGGUUCUCGAAGGAUAUGGGCCAAGUUGACACAUUACUGCCUGUCGCGUUGGUGGACUGUCUUGGAUUCUUCCUGGAAGUUAUAGGUAUCCUGAUAGUGGUGUGUUUAGUGAACUGGUGGCUGCUAUUCCCAACGGCGGGUGUAGCCUUCCUUCUCUUUCUCUUACGAGCUCUGUUCCUCAGCACCAGUCGAGAGUUAAAGAGAAUUGAAGCUAUAGCCCGGAGUCAAAGCCUGAACCAUGCGGCAGCGACUGUGUCAGGCCUCGCUACGAUCCGUUCGACGGGCGAACAGCAACGAACACUCGCACGUGAAUUUGACAAGCUCCAAGACCUCCACAGCUGUUCUUGGACCCUGGUACUCACAACAAAUAGAGCUUUUGGAUUCUGGAUGGAUAUGGUCUGCUGUCUUUAUCUGGCGACCGUCACUUUUAGCUUUUUCCUCUUCGCCAGCGAUGGAACUAUGGGAGGAAAUGUGGGUCUGGCGAUAACUCAAGUGAUAGGUCUCGUGGGAAUGUGUCAGUAUGGGAUGCGGCAAACCGCUGAAGUCGAGAAUCAGAUGACAUCUGUUGAAAGAAUUCUAGAGUACACCAACCUACCCCCAGAGACGCCGGUAGAACCAGACCAAAAGGCUUUGAAAGCUGAGUGUCCAAACUUAAACUUUGAAGAAUGGCCUGAUCACGGAGAAAUAGUCUUCGAAGAUGUAUCACUGGAGUACGAGAAACCGCCAAAGCAAGAAGUAACAGAACCAGCUCCUAAGAUAGAUGAAACGUCGUACGCUAUCCGGGGUGUUAACUUCUCAAUACGGCCAGGGGAAAAAGUUGCUGUGGUUGGAAGAACUGGAGCAGGAAAGAGUUCUCUUAUUGCAGCUCUAUUUAGAUUAAACAAGAUAACUGGAAAGGUAUCAGUGGACGGGGUAUCGGCGGAGUUGGCUGGUCUUCGCGCGUGGAGAUCUCGUCUUUGCGCUUUGCCGCAGAGACCGGCAUUAUUUGCGGCUACGUUGAGGGACAACUUGGAUCCAGAACAGAAGUAUAGCGAUGCAAAAAUACACGCUGCGUUGCAUGAGGUAGAACUCCAAUCGCUAGUCUCGGCCCUCCCAGGGGGGCUCUCUUCUCGAGUUGGGGAUGGAGGGGGGAACCUAUCGAGUGGACAAAGACAGCUCGUGUGCUUGGCUCGAGCUGCUUUGGCGAGACGAGCCGUGCUUGUCUUGGAUGAGGCUACCGCUAAUGUAGACACGGAAACUGAUCGUCAAAUCCAAAGCACAAUUCGCAGUAAAUUCGCGAGUUCCACAGUCCUCACUAUCGCACAUCGAUUGAACACCGUGAUGGACUAUGACAGAGUUAUCGUGAUGGACAAAGGUCGCGUUGUCGAGUCUGGUCAUCCAUUUGAACUUUUGACGGCCACCGCACAAUCGAAGGUAGAGAAUCAGCCCCGACGCGCACUUCUGUCCAAAAGCCAGGCUCCAUUGGCGAUUCCAGAAAACUUUGCAUUCCAAUCAUCUGGUGAACGACAUGAAGAAUCCGAGACACUCAUUUUAUCCAAAGAUAGGAUUAGAACUUAUUCUAAUAGAUCCGAGUUAAGUGAGCCUGAAGGCGGCAUAUUCAAGGUGCUAGUGGAACAGACCGGACCGGAGACGGCCGCCAUGUUGUACAAAAUGGCGGAAGAGAGUUACAAGAAACUUCAACAGAAAAAGAACGCUUAGUUUUUAUUAUGAUGUACUUAACACUGCCUUAUACACUCCUCAAAUAUUUAAAUUUAUAACAAUAUUUGCCUUUUAAAGUAUAGAUUCCCAUAUAUAAUACACAAGAAGAAUUUCAAUAGAAAUUAUAAGAAUUGUGAUUCUGAUGUUAAUUUUAUCGGUCUAUACAUAUGUUAAAGAAAAAUUACGACGAAUUUAUUUUUAAUGACACCAAAAAUCAUAGUCUACGGUGCUAAUUCCAAGAAUGCAUUUAGAAAUAAAAUUGUCUUUCUUGAUUUAACGUUUUUUUUAUAAUUAAUAAUUUACAUUACAUUCAUAGAAACUAAAUCAGUGGUUUUUUUACACAAUGCUUAGACAAUCUGUAGAUACGAACCAAUUGCUCGCACUGAAUGAAGUGAGUAUUAUCUGAUUUAGUUUUUAUAUGGAUGACCUUUUGAAACACGCUCUAAAGGUAACAUCUUUGUUACCAUAGUUACCAAUCGUUUAUCGUAAAAAACGUGGGCUAUAGAUAUGCACUAAACAGUAUCUUGAUUGAUAUCAUUUUCUUUUAAUUUGUAACGAACACGAUAUUUAAAGUCCACGUUGUAAAAUACUCGUUUUGCUUUUAUAAGCGUGAAUUGAAUGUUUUGGUAACACUCACAAAUUACAAUGAAAACCAAGACCAAACAUUUAAUUGUGAAGUUUUUACUACUUAAUACUUGUAUUUAAAAUGUACCUGCUUGCGAAAUUAUUCGAAUUUAAUCUUUAUUGGCCUUAUAAUACGUGGACUAAACUAAGUUUGUUACUAUGGUUACAGUUUUUACAUGCACUAUGUUUUGUCCGCGUUGUAUAACGUUAAUGUCAAUUUAAUAUCUUUAUGAAAAGUUAGCGAUUAUUAUGGAAUUGUACUAGUAUUCACUAUAUAUAGUAAGUGUUUUUAAAUGCAAAAGCCCCAGUACUUAAACUAAUUAGUUAUCGUGUAUUCGAGAUUUUAUUUUUUACAUAAAAAUUUAAUUUUUGUGUUUUACGAAUGAGAACAAAAUGUAACUUAAUUUUAUUAUAAUAAAAUGCUUAUUAAGAGUGGUCUUAAAACGAAUUUUACAUUGAAAAUUAUAAAUGUUAAAGACUCAUAUGGAGUCGAGGCUUAAAGCUAUGACUACAAUGUGUCAAACUACUUUUGGAUUAUGUGCUUUCAUGAACUGUUUAUACUUACAUAGACUUCACUUUGUCAAUUUAAAUAAUGGUCAAUUUAUACUAGCGAAAAGUCGAGCGCAUCGAAGCGAAAUUCUUCAUAACUAAAGCGAAUCCGCACGGAUCACUUGCAAUAAUUUUGGAAUGUAUGUUAAAUAGGGAUUCAUAUAAAUUUAUUUUUCGUUCGAAUACAUCGUAAUCAACGCCGAUGCAGGCCAACUUCAAACUGAUGACGCGAAGGUUCGCGAGAAUGCGCGCGCUAAUCAGUGUUAAGCCGGUUGCAGACCGAAAACUAAGCUAUGCCAAGGCUAAACUAAGCUAUGCCAAGCAAGCUAGGCUAAGCUAAGCUAGAAAUAAAUAGCGUGCACACCAACAGCUAAGCCAAAGCUCUGUCAGUGUGGCGAAGGAUGUGCAAAUGGUGUGCGGGGUAGCGGGAGGGGCUUAGCUUAGCUCGUGUAGCUGCGCAUCGGCAUACACAACUAAAUUAGCUUCGCAUAUUUUAGUUAGCUCACAUAGCUUAGUUCGCAUAGUUUGCGGUCUGCACACAAGUAUGGAAAACUGCGUCAGCUAUGCGAGCUAAGCUAAACUAACUUAGCUUAGCUCUUGGUCUGCAACCCGUUUUAGUCACGCGCAUUCUUCGGAAUUAGCGCGUCUUGUUAAAAUUUCAGAAGUAACGUGACGCUUCGAUGUGCUUCGGCUCUGCGCUAGUAUAAAUUGACCCUAAAUUAAAAAUGUUUUUAUUACCAUAUUUCGAAAUCACUAUUUAAAAUAUACAAUGCAAUACCAAAGUACGUCAAUUUAUCGGUACUUUAAGACUGAUUUCCUUGCCUUUACUAUAUAAUUUCAUAAUUAAAUAUACUCCUAAUGUCUACGAGAUUCGAGAAUUCUAUACUAGCACCCUAAACUAAAAUACAAGUGUCGUUUAGGAAUUUUUCGAAGUCU